UCUCUUUCUCUCAAACCAGAAAAAAUAACAAUUACCAAAAAAAAUACAUAUAAAUCUCUCUCUCUCUCUCUCUCUAGAUUUUACGACCACCUUUAAACUCGCCGGCGAUGAAUCUCGCCGGAAAAAUGAAUAUUUCGGUUAACAUGACCGUCUCUUCUAACGCCGUCUCCGACCACCGCCGUCACGUUUUCCGUGAAAAACGUCACUGAUCCGUCUCCUAGACUUUUUAUUUUAACUUUUAGUUUUAUUCUUUGCUUCGUUUUGUGAAAAUGAUCCGCUGAUUGAAGAAGACGGUCUAGGUUUCUUCUUCUUUUCUUAGCUGUGAGGUUUUGCUAGAUUCUUCUUCUUCUUCUUCUUCUUGAAUCCGUGUUUUUGAAUUUUUGAGAGAUCUGAGUCAAUUUUGAACGAGAGAAAUUGACUUGGACCGUACGUAGUCAGUCUUUUGUUAAAAAACGAUGCCGUUUACGAUGAAGAUCCAACCGAUUGAUAUCGAUUCACCUGCCGUAGCUAAACCGGUGCUCAAAUCUCGCCUCAAACGUCUCUUUGAUCGGCCGUUCAGGAGCGCAGCAGCCUCCGAGAAACCGUUCCCCGGCGGUGGUGAAGCUCAAUCCGCGGCGGAGUUCGAGCCGAGCUCCGUUUGUUUAACGAAGAUGGUUCAGAACUUCUUAGAGGAGAACAACGAGAAGCAAGCCAAAUGUGGGCGUAACCGCUGCAACUGCUUCAACGGCAACAACGAUAGCUCCUCAGACGAUGAAUCAGAUCUCUUCGCCUCUGAUCAUCUCAAGAGCUUGCUCACGUGCGCAACCGUCGCUGAGAUAAACCUCUUAGCCGAAGCGACUAAGAUUGUGGAUAAGAACAACAAAUCAGUCAAACGAAAAGAAGAUAUGAGGAAGAUCGUCAACGAAGGACUCUUAUCUCUUCACUACGACUCUUCGAUCUGCAAAUCGAAAUGGGACAAGUCUCCGUCGUUCCCGGCCGGCGAAUACGAGUACAUAGACGUGAUCGUCGGAGGAGAACGGUUGUUGAUCGACGUCGAUUUCAAAUCGGAGUUCGACAUCGCGAGGCAGACGAACGGUUACAAGGCGCUGUUUCAGUCUCUACCGUUCGUCUUCGUCGGGAAAUCCGAUCGGCUGAGUCAGAUCGUCGCGUUGAUCUCCGAGGCGGCGAAGGAGAGCUUGAAGAAGAGAGGAAUGCAUCUGCCUCCGUGGAGGAAGGCUGAGUACAUGAGGUCUAAGUGGAUGUCGUCGUAUACCAGAGCCACCGGGAACGCCGAGGAGCUGCCUGUUGCGGCGGCCGCGGCGGAGAUGGAGGUUGGUGGUAAAAAGCUUGAGCUGGUUUUUGAGGAGAGAUCUUUGUCUCCGGGAGUGAUUAACUCUUCCUCCUCUUCCUUGUUGUCUGUUGACGGCGGUGGUAAUGACGUGGCGGUGGAGAGAGAAGUGAAAGCCGUCGUCACCGGUUUAGCUUUACUCUUCAAGGAGAAGCCCUAAUAAAAAAUUUUGGAGUUUUUUUUAUUUUCCUUUUUCUAAUUUUCUUUAACCUCCCGAGGUAAACAAAUUACCAUAUAUUCUCCUUUUUACCACUUUUGUUUUCUUCGCAAGGGGUUACCACUUUGUACUUAUUACCGUGUCCACGGUGAAAAAUAAAAAGUUUACUAUUGUC